CACAGGUUUCUCUGGACCCGGUUUGAUCUGACGUCGACCUCUACUGUUUUGCCUACCUUUUCUCGCUAGGAUUUUCAAAUAAGCGCAAAAGUACAAUGCCUCGUAAGGCUAUGAAAGUUGUGGUGGAGUUAGAUAUUCACACGGUGACAUGCCCUGGUACUUUUCUCCGAGAUUAUGGCUAUGUUUAUUUGAAAGUAAAUUGCAUGGGUUUGGAAGUUAAUACCAAGUCUGUAGCUCCUACCUUUCCAUUGUUCUUUCAUGAACGUCUGCGAUUCGAACGGGUAUUCAAAAGCUGUCAGGACCCAGCAUACGUAACAGUUCACUUAAAAGGUGAAGAUGUUCUGGUAGAGCUAAGGCAGCACGAUGACUACAUUUCAGAGGGCUAUGUUAUUGGUCACUUUGCCAACAAUGCAAGAGACUUUUUGUAUCCUGCUGUUCCGCCAUAUCCAGGAUCAGGUCGUGAAGUGACCCUCUUCAAAACAUCUCUUUUUAACCCCAUAAGAAUUACAGGCCAGCCUCUGAGGUUAGAAUUUUCUACCAAGACCACCAUCAAGGAAGUCCCAGAUCCUACAGAUUACCUAUCAUCUGACUCUGGUGUCGAUGAUCUUCUGACAAACAGCACAUUUAGUACCAGUCGGCGGUCAGUCAGUCCCACAGGCUCUAAGCAAGUGCCACGGUCUCCCUCUCCUUCACGCCGUAAACUCACCAGUACACCACUACCUAGACCUGACGAUACUCUUGCGAAUCACAAUAAACCAUUUCUUGUUCGUCAUAAAGACAAUGGUUUGUUGGAAAAUCGUGACUUUAGUUCUUUUACUCGUCCUAAGCCUCGUCGAUCCAAGUCACCCACCAGGAGGCCACGCUCAAGCUCCCCAUCCCGUCUUGGGAUGUCAAGUGUACAACCAUUACCAGCAUGGAAGUACUCAGAAGAUUUCCCUUCUACUUCAGUUUCUCGACACAGGGCUCAUACACGCUCAGUGACAGCACCUAUGUCUUUGUCUCGCUCCUACCGUCCGUCUAGUCCUUCUCGUAGCCUCAGUUAUGCAUUGGAUGAUCUUGACAUCUCAACCAACUCUUGGAAAAACUUCAGCGACCCAGUGCUACGAUUCAAGAGUAGGAACUCACCUAACUUGAAGGCAGCUCUAGGGGCAUCUGAUCGCAUUCAACAGCGUGUGGAAAGAGUGAUUGAGGGGAAGAGCCCCAGGAAGUUUUCUGAAGAUUCAGAUAAUGAAAGUGUAGACUCACUGGAUAUUCUCAGAGAAUCCCUGCGAGAGGAAAGAAGAGCACUGAGUGAUGCCAUAAGGGAGGCAGACAGAGCUGCAUAUUACAAAUCCCUGGGAAUCGAAUUAUGAUGCAGUGGUCCUCAUAAAGUAUUUCGUGACACAGGUUUUUCUAUGAAGAAAACCUUUUGGGGAAGUGUGUGCAUAGCAUCGGAGUUUGGCUGACAGUCUUUUUAUAAUUUAUUGUACAUUAUAAUAUUCGUGAGAUUUAUCAAGAGUUUUAUAUCUUCAGUAAUACUGCUAUCAUGAUCAAUGACUAACUCGGUUUACAUUUUAGAAUAAGCCUUGAAAUCAGAGCACGCUUUAGGUUUUAACUUAUAUAUUCGUUCUUGAAUCGCAAAUCUACAGUUUUAUGUAUUUAUUUUGUCAGAGUAUGUGGUCAGAAUACGUGGUGUUGUUGAUCUGAAGAUGCAUGAUGUAAUUAAAGAUUUUAGGGUGGUUCGGAAAUCAGACUUUCAUUUAUAUCCUGUAACACAUGCCAAAUGGAUGUUCUAUAUAAAAAGAGUUGUGUACAUUAAUAAAGCUAUGCAUGCAAAUAAA